AUGGACGUUAGAAACUGCAACCAGAAACUGCAACCAGAAUACAACCAGAAUCCAACCAGAAACGGAGAGGUCAACACCUGUAAGGUCAACACCUGUAAGGUCAACCCCUGUAAGGUCAACCCCUGUAAGGUCAACGCCUGUAAGGUCAACACCUGUAAGGUCAACACCUGUAAGGUCAACACCUGUAAGGUCAACGCCUGUAAGGUCAACCCCUGUAAGGUCAACCCCUGUAAGGUCAACACCUGUAAGGUCCACAGCUGUAAGGCCCCUGACAGAGUCUACCCUAACGGGCCCCACCCUGACGGGCCCCACCCUGACACAGCCUACCCUAACGGGCCCCACCCUGACGGGCCCCACCCUGACACAGCCUACCCCAACGGGCCCCACCCUGACGGGCCCCACCCUGACACAGCCGACCCUAACGGGCCCCACCCUGACACAGCCUACCCUAACGGGCCCCACCCUGACGGGCCCCACCCUGACACAGCCUACCCUAACGGGCCCCACCCUGACGGGCCCCACCCUGACACAGCCUACCCCAACGGGCCCCACCCUAACGGGCCCCACCCUGACGGGCCCCACCCUGACACAGCCUACCCUAACGGGCCCCAUCCUGACAGAGUCUACCCUAACGGGCCCCAACCUGACGGGCCCCACCCUGACACAGCCUACCCUAACGGGCCCCACCCUGACGGGCCCCACCCUGACACAGCCUACCCUAACGGGCCCCACCCUGACGGGCCCCACCCUGACACAGCCUACCCUAACGGGCCCCAUCCUGACAGAGUCUACCCUAACGGGCCCCAACCUGACGGGCCCCACCCUGACACAGCCUACCCUAACGGGCCCCACCCUGACGGGCCCCACCCUGACACAGCCUACCCUAACGGGCCCCACCCUGACACAGCCUACCCUAACGGGCCCCACCCUGACACAGCCUACCCCAACGGGCCCCAACCUGACGGGCCCCACCCUGACACAGCCUACCCCAACGGGCCCCACCCUAACGGGCCCCACCCUGACGGGCCCCACCCUGACACAGCCUACCCUAACGGGCCCCACCCUGACGGGCCCCACCCUGACACAGCCUACCCUAACGGGCCCUACCCUAACGGGCCCCACCCUGACGGGCCCCACCCUGACACAGCCUACCCUAACGGGCCCCACCCUGACACAGCCUACCCUAACGGGCCCCACCCUGACGGGCCCCACCCUGACGCAGCCUACCCCAACGGGCCCCACCCUGACGGGCCCCACCCUGACACAGCCUACCCCAACGGGCCCCACCCUGACGGGCCCCACCCUGACACAGCCUACCCCAAUGGGCCCCACCCUGACACAGCCUACCCCAACGGGCCCCACCCUGACGGGCCCCACCCUGACACAGCCUACCCCAACGGGCCCCACCCUGACGGGCCCCACCCUGACACAGCCUACCCCAAUGGGCCCCACCCUGACGGGCCCCACCCUGACACAGCCUACCCCAAUGGGCCCCACCCUGACACAGCCUACCCCAACGGGCCCCACCCUGACGGGCCCCACCCUGACACAGCCUACCCUAACGGGCCCCACCCUGACAGAGUCUACCCUAACGGGCCCCACCCUGACAGAGUCUACCCUAACGGGCCCCACCCUGACGGGCCCCACCCUGACACAGCCUACCCUAACGGGCCCCAUCCUGACAGAGUCUACCCUAACGGGCCCCACCCUGACAGAGCCCACCCUAACGGGCCCCACCCUGACAGAGCCUACCCUAACGGGCCCCACCCUGACAGAGCCUACCCUAACGGGCCCCACCCUGACACAGCCUACCCUAACGGGCCCCACCCUGACACAGCCUACCCUAACGGGCCCCACCCUGACAGAGCCUACCCUAACGGGCCCCACCCUGACAGAGCCUACCCUAACGGGCCCCACCCUGACAGAGCCUACCCUAACGGGCCCCACCCUGACACAGCCGACCCUAACGGGCCCCACCCUGACACAGCCUACCCUAACGGGCCCCACCCUGACACAGCCUACCCUAACGGGCCCCACCCUGACACAGCCUACCCUAACGGGCCCCACCCUGACACAGCCUACCCUAACGGGCCCCACCCUGACACAGCCUACCCUAACGGGCCCCACCCUGACACAGCCUACCCUAACGGGCCCCACCCUGACACAGCCUACCCUAACGGGCCCCACCCUGACACAGCCUACCCUAACGGGCCCCGCGUCUCAACCAACAGUCAAUAUAGGCUGAAGAUCCCAAGCAGGGCUACAGCAACUUCCAGAGAGGGUCAGCCUCGCGGGCUUCAUGGUUUGGGUGUCCUCGGCACCCCCGAGGGGCCCCCGUGUUGA